UAUUUUUCGAAGUUCAGCUGAAUUUGGAAAGCUGUAUACUCCGGGAUUCGAUGGUAGGAUCAAUUAUCCAAACUUUGUCAAAUGUGAUUGGCACAUUGAUCUUCCUACAAAUAAAUCGAUUUCCCUAUACUUUUCAAGUGAAACACAACUGAAUGAUGCUGAUAAAAACAGAGUCAACAAUGGGGAUUUUCUGGAGAUCUAUGACAAUGGUAUGGCCCUGCACCCUGUCCCAGGGUUCAACACUGCUGCCUUACGAGAAAAAAGCCACGUAGCUUCCUCUGGAAAAGUCCAUCUGCGACUGAUUUCCUCACCUACACGCUCCGCCCGGGGUUUCUAUGCAACCUGGUCUAUUGGUUGUCCAGACCCUCAGUUUGAUGCAAACACAGUGGUAGAUCCGUCUCCAAUCAGACUGCACUACACUGCCAAUAUGACUCUCACAUGCGCUACAGGCUAUGCCUUCCACCUCCGACAGCUAGCUAACGGCCCGCCCAGUGUCAACCUCAGGUGUGGCUAUGGUGGGCAGUGGGAGGGCUUCCUGCAGACUCCACGAUGCACACCCAAAUACUGUGGAGUUGUUCCAAACAUUGAGAAUGGCUACAUAGAGUCAUCUACAGGGGCUACGUACGGAAGUACAGCCACAUACAAAUGCUUCUCUGGGUCAACGCUUCAAGGAGUUGGUACCAUCAGUUGUCAGGCAGAUGGAACCUGGAGCCAGAGACCAACAUGUGUUGCGGCAAGAUGUCCAUCUAAUGUAAAUGACUUAUCUAUUGCCAACGGAGUCGGGGUCCUCACAAUUGGAGAUGGAACCAGAAUUGGUUCCUACUACAACUACAAGUGCAAUGCUGGGUACCAACUUGUCGGUUCCCCUGUUGUCAUCUGCCAAGAAAAUGGGACGUGGAGCCAUCCUGAACCUACAUGUACCAGACUGAAGUGCCUCCUGCCACAGAUCACCCAAGGCAGCUACAUCGGUGCCGUUGCAGAGAGCCUUUUAGACUUUGAAAACACUCUCACUGUCACAUGCAACUCUGGAUACCAGCUGGGUGCCAACUCCAUCAACACCGUGAGCUGUCAGGCUAACAGAACUCUCACUCAAUUACCCCAGUGUGUUGAUAUAGAUGAAUGCACAUCAGGUUCACCCUGCACCAAAGGGAACUGUUUGAACUCGGUCGGUUCAUUUUCAUGCUUCUGUAAUCCUGGAUAUGAACUGGAUGCAUCUUUAAGAAAUUGCAUUGACAUCAACGAGUGCCUGAGAAACAAUGCCAAUUGUGGUGGGACAUGUACCAACACUGAUGGGGGUUACAUUUGCUCCUGCAGUGACCCUUUUGUAUUGUAUGCGGCUAGUGGAACAUCCGGCCUGUUCAUUCCAUCACCGGAAAGUGGGACCAGACCUAGCGAUGUCUACUAUAUCAAUCAUACUUGUGUUUUGAAGAGCUGCCCUGCUCCAGAAACAAAUGUUAGCCGUGCUACCCUGUUGACUCGAAGGAGCACCCAUCUCUAUGGUGACUUGGUUGAAUAUCAAUGUGACAUGGGCUUCACACCUGGACGCACAUUCAGGAAAUGUGGCGACAGUGGCUGGUCAGAUUUAACACCAUCUUGUACAGCCAUUCAGUGUACAGAUGAUAGGCCCAAUACUGGUCUGUCCAACCCAGCAGUUGUAUCAGGAAAUUACAACUUCAACUUCAGACUGGAUCUCAACUGUAGCCAGGCAGGUGGUGCUAUCAAGUUCCAGCGUUACAGAUUCUGUACAUACAACAUGGCCAUGGAUAAAUAUGAGCUCCAGGGAUCACCAUAUGAUUGUGGGGAGGUUGACUGUGGAAUACCGAUGGCGUAUUCAGGAACCAACUAUGCUGCUUCUGUUGUGAACACAAAGUUUGGCAGCCAGUUUACGUUCACAUGUUCUGCUGGAAAUACAAGAUUUGGGAGUAGUGAAGCUGGCGACGAUGUUGUGCGAUGUACAAAAGACGGAUACUGGGACUUUGGAAGCCUGUCCUGCUUUGGUCAGUCCUGUAUUGACCCUGGUGUUCCCCUUUGGGGACAGAUUGUCGCAACACAAAGAUCGUUUGCUGACCAGAGCACAGUCACCUACCAAUGCCUGAGGCCCGGGUACAAUAUCACAGCCGGACCCACAACCAUCACCUGUCAGGGCAGCUCUUGGAACAACGCACAGACACCUGAAUGCACAGACACUGAAAAGCCUGUGAUAGCGAACUGCCCUUCCAGCGGUAUUGUCCUCAACCGAUAUGAGAGACUGGCGGGAUAUCUACCAAUUCUGUCGGUUACAGACAACACUAUGGUGCGAGAUCUAACUGUUAGCCCCAGGAAUGCUAGGACUACCUACUACGUGGAGGCGCCACUCACAGUGAUUUUCACUGCAACUGAUCACGCUGGCAACAGUGCUUCUUGCAGUAUUCCAGUAACUCUCCGGGAUGAAACUCCACCAAGCAUUACCUGUCCAAAUGUUCAGAUAAUAGAGCUGAGCAUUCCAGGAGAAAACAGAACCAACCCCCUCAGCCAAAGUUCGUUCACAAUAACAGACAAUGUUGACCCAGCACCAGUGUUAAGCUACAAAACUUCGCUUCCCACAAUAUUUACUGAAAAUGAUCUGUACAAGACGUUCACAUAUGAAGUUGAGGCCAGGGAUACCAGUAACAAUUAUGCAACAUGUCAGGGACAGAUUUAUGUCAGACCUGCAACCUGUAGUGAAUUAAGUUUUCAAACUCCUUUGUUUUCUACAAAGUCCUGCACAUUUGACAGUGGUACAAACACUCCAACCUGCACUAUCACAUGUAAUGAUGGAUAUUUAACAUACACAAGCACUACGGGCAUAUCCGUGGUGAAACGGAAGACGCGGACGUUCACCUGCAACUCUGGAACCUGGUCGCCAGCAUUAAUAACGUCUUGUGUUCAAGAUACUCGACCACCAGUGCUUACAUGUCCUCAAAGUCAAGUCUUUCCCCUGGGAAGCUCAGAAACUAAAUUCCUCAACUUCACUGAUGGCACAUUUGCUGGUACAGUCAUGGAUGCCAACAACAUUUUUUCAACUGUUUAUACACCAGCGUCUCUUAGUUUAUCAGCAGCCGACGGCUACGUGGCUAGACCAAUAGUCAUGACAGUAACUGAUGCAGCACAGCGGAGCUCCUCUUGCACAUUUCAGGUCAACGUUCAACCACCUGAUUGUCACCCAGACUCCUACCCAAGCCCCCUAAAUGGAAAUAAAACCUGCGCUGCAACUGGGUCUGGCUACAGCUGUACCAUCACAUGCAACAAUGGCUACCUCAUCAAAGGAUCUGGGACUACCAAGACUGUGACAUGUUCCUCUGGAGUGAGCUGGGCUGAGACUGAUGUUGUCACAGAUUGUGUUCGAGAUCAAACACCUCCUGAUCUGCAGUGCCCAACAUCUCAAGUCGUGCAAAUCAGCAACAUAAAUGACGUUGUUCAAAUUGAUUUUGCUGCAAAUGCUCUCUACGCCCCCAUUCGCAAUGUGGACAGUGGAGUCCCUGUUGGCAGCAGCCCUACUCUGCAGUACUUUCCAUCAUUAUUGACCCUGAGUCAAACAAAUGUCAACUCUAACAAUGUAUUCACGAUCACUUUGAGGUCAACUGACCGAGGUGGUAAAGCAGCACAAUGCGAUUUCUAUGUGACUGUGGAAGCACCAAUUUGCUCCUAUUUCUCGCUGCCCGAAAUUUCAAAUGGUCAGAAAACGUGCACUGCUAGAACUGGACUGAACACUGGUUUUGACUGCACUCUCACUUGCAACAAUGGUUACACCUUCCCUAUUACCACUAACAAUGCAAGAAUCAACUCGAUCACAACUAGCUGUAAUACUGGCUCACCAUUUACUGGAACCCCUGUCAUGAACUGCGUCAGUGCAACACAAAACACUGUUAGUCCAGUGUUCACUGGAUAUAUGGAGUAUGAUUAUACUCCAUCGGAUGGCACAAUCAACAUCCCGUCAACUUGUGACCAGUUGUAUAUGGAUACCUUCAAAGCAAGGAUUAGCGAUUUUUCAUCACAGAGUAGCCAGUUUACAGUUGUGUGCAAGGCAACCCUGGAUAUUCCAGCUGACACACCGUUCACUUUCCAGUUCUUGCCAAAUGAAACUAAAGGGACGGUGAUUACAGGGGGUGGAACCAAUACAAAUAUAGUUAGAAUGAAAUAUUACUACACCAUGCUUUCAAUAAACGCCACAUACUUCAGGGAGUGUGAAGUGAUAAUUGGGAGUAUCAUGGAUUCCGGUAAUUACAGACUGGAAAAGUUCACUAUAGGUCAAACAACUUUAAAUACAGGAGUGACCUGCCCACCAGUGGCAUACUUGGCCAAGUCUGUGACUCUCACACCAGGGAUAUACACAUGCAGUCAAAACUACUUCCGAACAGAGUCUGCCUGUGUGCCAUGCCCAUCAGGGAGUGUGCGUCCAGUUGCUAAUUCUGACACAAAGUGUGAACAAUGCCCAGUAGGCUAUUACAGAGAUGUCAACAUGGGCAUCUGUACUGCUUGUCCAACUGGAAUGACUACCCGAUACCUCGGAACCACAUCAAGCAAUCAAUGCAUUGCUGCCUGCGCCCCGGGCUCUGUAUCAACGACUGGUUACCGGCCAUGCUACCCGUGUGCCAAGGGGUCAUACAGCGACAGUACAACAACCUGCACUCCCUGUCCCAGUGGGAAUUCCACGACAUCAGUUGGAGCAUCGUCUAUUGCAGACUGUAGUGUCAGUUCCUACACUGCUUUGGAGAGAUGUCCUCUGGGUACUCAACAAAAUUACACAGUUGGUGACUGUAUCAAGUGUGACUACGGUACAUAUGGAGUUCUUGGCAUUGUCAACGGUGUUCAGGAGUAUGUGUGCACUUCGUGUGGGUCUAAUCGUGGCACCUUCAUACGAGGGGCCGUUAGAAUAGAACAGUGCUAUGAUGUGUGUCAGGCUGGGUAUGUGUCGAAGUUCGCCCAUGGGUUGGCCCCAUGUGACGCCUGUGCAGUGGGAUUCUAUUACAAUACCGCCACUCGGAGAUGUGACUCUUGUCCUGCUGGCACUUCCACCCUGGCAUCUGGCAGUAUAGGGGCAUCAGCCUGCAUACAGACCACCCAAAUCCGAGAUAACUGUCCACUGGGGAGCUUCCGUAACCAGACAAUUGGGUCUUGUGAGGCCUGCCCAUUGGGUACCUACAGCACUGGAGAGGAACUGAAUGCCUGCACACAAUGUCCGAGUGAUACGUCAACCUAUAUGCCGGGCGCAACCUCCAGUGCAAUGUGCACACUUAAAUGUGCCCCAGGAUUUUUCUCCUCCAAUGGUCUAUCGCCAUGCACUCCAUGUGGAUUAGGUCAAUUCUCCACAGCUUAUGGAAGCACCUCAUGUUCAAGCUGCUCAGCGGAACAGACAACUCUGUCCAUCACUGCUAUCUCAUGUGUCAGAAAGUGUGCGGCUGGAAGGUUUUCAUUCUCUGGCAAUGAAGGUGUGACUGGUUCAAGUUGUAGAGCUUGUCCUCAGAACUGCUACCAGUCGAGCAUAGGCCACACUAGCUGCAGUCAAUGUCCUCCUGAUACAAGUUCUCAGCUUAAUGGUCUCACUAAUGUCAAUCAGUGUCUAGCAGUUGAAUGUACAAACCGAUGUGUCAAUGGGGGAACUUGUAGAAAGCAAGACAACAACUUCUUAUGUCAGUGCGUGCCAGGUUAUGAGGGGGAUACCUGCCAGACUUUGACCGAUGUGUGCUUCAGCAGUCCGUGUUACAAUGGCGGAACAUGUGCAAGGAACAUUGAUCCCACCCUUGGUUAUAUUUGCACAUGCAAUGCCAGAGCCACUGGUUCCCGUUGUGAAACGCUAAUAAAGACUUGCAACACCAGUGCUGCCACACCGACGUGUCUGAACGGUGGAUAUUGCAUCAACCGCUGGCAGGAACCAGGCUAUGAGUGCAUGUGUCCCAGCGGCUUUAGUGGAGCUAGGUGCAAUCAAACUGCAAACAUCUGUGUCACCAAUCCAUGUAGUUCAGCUGGAACUAGAACAUGUAUGGACUCAAGCAAUGGACAGAAUCUUCGCAGAAGGUGCAUUUGCAAGCCGGGAUAUGGUGGAGAAUCAUGUGCCCAGGACAUAAGUGAGAAGCAUCAACCACAUGCAGUGGCCAGGGCACUUGUGUGGAUGUAUAUCGUUACGGCAAACAUUUCUGCUCCUGCAAUGCAGGGUACACAGGUGCUUGGAUUGCACAUAUGCCAUGGGUCUGCGCCCAUCGAUGUGCGAUGCUGCUCUGUUGGCCAGGACUGCACUGGCAAGGCUCUGGACCCUGCCAAGUGUGCUGACGUGGACCGUUCCAACCUGGUGGAUGGAGGAAACCCUGGUGUGAGGACUGCCAACGAUCCCACAAACUACGUUGUGCAGUUCAAAUGCUCUUUAAAUAGAGGUUAG